AAUAUGGAACUUGAUGUUAUUAAACUUUGUCGUGUUUGUUUAGAAGAUGGUGCUACAAUGUCCUUAUUUAGCACGGAUUUUGCUGUUAUGCCUUCUCAUAUGAUGUGGAUGUGUGCCAAAAUAAAGGUUUUGAAAGAUGACGGUAUGCCUCCUUCAAUAUGCAAUAAUUGCAUAUAUCGUUUAGGUGUGGCUUACCAUUUUCUGCAACAAUGCGAAAGUUCUGAUGCACGACUAAGGCACUUCUUAGGUUUGGAAAUGAGAAAAUUAGGGCAGGAAGUAGCAACUAUGACUGAUGAACCUUGGCCAACGCUAACUGGAAAUGGCUCCGAUGAAAAUUCCAAAGAUAAAAAAGCUAAGAAAACGAAAACACCAAAACGUACAAGGUAUAAGAGAAAAGCUCCUGAUGAGUGCAAAAAACGUGGACCAAAAACAUUGCCAAAAGUACCUCAGACCUGCUACGAGUGCCAAAAAACUUUCAAAUGUGCUGCACAAUUGCAGAUGCAUAUAAGAACUCAUACAGGUGAACGUCCUUUUGCUUGCACAUAUUGUACACGUAGGUUUGCACAAAAACAUAAUCUAGCCAUACAUAUUAGAACUCAUACAGGAGAAAAACCAUUCCAAUGUGAAAUUUGCAGCAAACAAUUCUCAGCACUAGGCAAUUUUCAAGCUCAUCAAAAAAUUCAUAAAGGUAUUCGAGACCAAGUAUGUCCUGUAUGCAAUAAAGGAUUCAUAACUCCGGGAGAUCUCAGUAGACAUAUGGUAACUCAUACUGGUAUCAAAAAUCAUCAUUGUGAUAUAUGUGGAAAAUCAUUUAGUCGUGGACGUGAUAUGAUGAAUCAUAAAAAGAAGGUACAUUUAGGUGAACAAAUUUCCAAUAGAAAAACACAAAAUCAACAAAACGAGCAGCGUAGUGAAAAUGUUAUCCAGCCUCCACCAGUUCACCAACAUCAGCCAGUUAUAAAUCACCCCUUACCAAUUCAUCAACAAACAACAAAUUUACCUUUACAACAUCAUAAUUCAACAACAUUACAUCAUGCCACAUCGCUGAUGCCACCUUUAGAUAAAAAUCAAGCGGUUCCAGUUGUACCAUCUGCUGGCGUAGAUUGUUUAAAAAUGUAUGAUGUACAACAAGUACCUUUUAGAACCCAAUUGUUAGCUCCACCGCCAAGACCAAUUGCUUUGAAUAUUGUUAAUCCUAUAAACACCAGUGAGGAACCGUAUUAUCAUAAAUAUCUUAUGUAA